AGCCAGGCAUCUGGCUUCUCCGCUGCCGCGAUGAAAUAUCACGUUUAAUUUGUUAUAAGCGAUUUCUCGGCUCUGACCGCGGCCCUGAGGGGUGAGCGGCGAUUCUGAGGCAGUGAGUUAAAGGAUCGCUGGUGGCUGGCUGACGGGGGGGCUCACGGGGCCGGGGCCAUGCACUAACUAAAUCCGCUCUCUUGGAGGCUGAGGCGGGGCUCGAGCCUGACUCUAGGCCCCGGCUCCCCACACGGCCCUCGGCUGCUGCUCAAGUCGACUGUAUCCGUUUCCAUAGGGGGCUGUGAGGCUGCCGGUGUGUCCUUACUGAGGUGAAGCCUGUCAGAGGCUCGUCAUGGCCGUGACCAGAUUAGAUCGGCUCUUCAUUUUGCUGGACACUGGAACAACCCCAGUUACGAGGAAAGCGGCGGCCCAGCAACUUGGUGAUGUGGUCAAGCUCCAUCCACAUGAACUCAACAAUCUAUUAUCUAAAGUAUUAGUUUACCUGAGAAGCACCAACUGGGAUACCCGCAUCGCCGCAGGACAGGCUGUAGAAGCGAUCGUAAAGCAUGUUCCGGAGUGGAAUCCGCCAAUCAGGCUAAAGCGGCCACUCGGGUCGGAAUGUUCUAACGAGGACUCUUGUGCUUUUGACCGUCUUAGCUUUGACAGAUUUGAUAUAUCCAGGCUGUUAAAACACGGGGCAUCCCUUCUGGGUUCUGCUGGUGCAGAAUUUGAGCUUCAAGAUGAUAAAUCAGGGGAAAUUGACCAAAAAGAGAGAAUAGCACGGCAAAGGAAACUGCUACAGCGGAAACUCGGGCUUGACAUGGGAGCAGCGAUCGGCAUGAGCACAGAAGAUUUAUUUAACGACGAGGAUCUCGAUUACUUGCCAACGUCCGCGCUCGCAAAUAAACCCACCCUCCAGGCGGCCGAGUUUAUCGAUUCAGAAUUCCUACCAGGGAUGAGCAACCGGCAAAAAAAUAAAGCUAAGCGGAUGGCAAAGCUGAUUGCAAAGCAGAGAUCAAGAGACACGACCGAGGCUAAUGAAAAGAGCAGUGAUAGCACUGAUGGGGAACCUGAGGAAAAGCGGAGGAAAGUAGCAAAGGUUGUCAUCGACCAGCCUGCCACAAAAUCUAAGGUGCUGAUUGACAACGUGCCUGAUAAUUCAUCUCUGUUUGAAGAGACAAAUGAAUGGCCCCUGGAGAGCUUUUGUGAAGAGCUUUGUAAUGACCUCUUUAACCCUUCUUGGGAGGUGAGACACGGUGCAGGGACGGGCCUCAGGGAAAUCCUUAAGGUUCAUGGCCGAAGUGGAGGCAAAAUGGCCGAUAGUACCCCUGAAGAGAUUGAGCAGCAACAUCAGGAAUGGCUUGAGGACUUGGCUAUUCGUCUCCUGUGUGUGUUUGCUUUAGACCGAUUUGGGGAUUUUGUUUCAGAUGAAGUGGUUGCGCCUGUGCGGGAAACGUGUGCUCAGACCCUAGGGGUGGUCCUGAGGCAUAUGAAUGAAGCCGGCGUUCAUAACACGGUGAAAAUCCUGCUGCGGUUAUUAACGCAAGAACAGUGGGAAGUCCGGCACGGAGGUCUGCUGGGAAUAAAGUAUGCACUUGCAGUUCGUCAGGAUUUAAUUAAGGUUUUAUUACCUAAAGUGCUACCAGCAAUAAUUGAAGGUCUUCAGGACCUGGACGAUGACGUGCGUGCGGUCGCAGCUGCCUCCUUGGUCCCCGUGGUGGACAGUCUUGUCGAUCUGCAGUUCAAGCAGGUUCCCUUCAUUCUAAGCACUUUAUGGGAUGCACUUCUGGAGUUAGAUGAUCUUACAGCUUCCACCAAUAGUAUCAUGACUUUACUCUCGUCACUUUUGAUGUAUACUCAGGUUCAACAGUGCGAUCUUCAGCAGUCAUUGACUAUAUUAGUCCCCCGAGUAUGGCUGUUCCUGCGUCACACCAUCUCCUCUGUAAGGAAGGCAGCGCUAGAAACUUUGUAUACUUUGUUAUCAACACAUGAACAGAAUAGUUCAGGCUGGCUCAUUCCCAUCUUGCAAGAUAUGCUGCGGCAUAUAUUUCAGAUCUGUAUUUUGGAGAGCAACCAAGAAAUUCUGGACCUAAUUCACAAGGUGUGGCAGGAGCUGCUAAAUAAAGCGUGUGUGCAGUUUGUGGUGGCCGCUGCUUGCCCGUGGAUGGGCGCCUGGCUCUGCCUAAUGAUGCAGCCGUCUCAUUUACCGAUUGAUCUAAACAUGCUUCUGGAGGUUAAAGCGAAAACCAAGGACAAAUCUGCAUGUAAGCAGCGCCAAGGCCAGUGCCAAUCUAAAGAAGUGACGCAGGAAUACAUCGCUGGAUCAGACAGUGUUACGGACGAUUCUGCCACACGGGAUUAUGUUGUGAUAAGAGCACGGAUAGCAGCGGCAAAAUUGCUGGGAUCGUUGUGUUGCUGUAUCUGUGACCCCAGCGUGAAUACUCCUUCCCAGGAGCUGAAGCCUGCCGAGUCCCUCGCACAACUCCUACUUUUCCACUUGAACUCAAAAUCUGCCCUCCAGAGGAUCAGUGUUGCCCUGGUUAUCUGUGAAUGGGCAGCCCUGAGAAAGGAAUGCGGAGUCUUGGUCCAAGCUGUCCAGCCGCGCUUGCUGGCUGUCCUCUCGGAGCACUUGUAUUAUGACGAAAUAGCCAUACCGUUCACCCGAAUGCAGAACGAGUGCAAGCAGCUCAUUUCGUCCCUGGCUGACAUGAACAUCGAUAUCAGGAACAAAGUUAACUGCAGCGUAUUCACCAUCGACCAAGCCAGUGACCUGGUUACCACGGUUUUCAACGAAGCAACGGCCGCUCUUGGUGUAAACACGAAGCCUUUCCAGCAGCUGGAUGGGAAAAGGCAGCAGGUUCACGUAACGGUAAUGGAGACCAACCAGGAGUGGCAGGUCUUGCUGCUAAGAGUUCACAUGUUCGCGGCAUGUGCCGUCGUGAACUUCAUGCAACUUCCAGAGAAGCUUAACCCGGUCAUCAAACCAUUAAUGGAGGCCAUCAAGAAAGAAGACAACUGCAAGGUGCAGAGUUAUGCAGCGCAGUGCAUAGCAAAGCUUCUCCAGCAGUCUACAUCGAGGACUCCUUGUCCUAAUCAGAAAAUAGUUAAAAAUGUCUGCAGUUCUCUGUGUAUUGAUCCAAACAUUACCCCUUCUGUGAAGUGCCCGGCUCCUACUGCCAACAAUAUGGAGAAUUCAAAAGUUGGUUCAAACUCUGACAAAGAUGGCAUGUAUCACACGGUCAACAAGUUCAAAGGCAUAAUAACACUGUAUAGACAUCAACAAGCUGCGUUUGCCGUUACGAGCCGGAGGGGCCCGGCUCCUAAAGCUGUGAAAUCCCAGGUGGCGGAUCUGCCGGCGGGGAGCGGGGGCCAUCUGCCCCAGGAGUCUGAAGAGAUCCAGAAGCUGCACCUCAUUCAGAGAAGGGGAGCUGAGUUCACAUUGUCCACUAUUGCGAGACAUUUUGGAGGUGACUUGGUCACUGGGUUGCCCUAUCUCUGGGACGCAACGGUGGGACCACUGAGGAGCAACAUCACCACCGGCAAUUUCGAUGCAAAAGCGCUGGUGGAUAAAGGAGACGAUCCUGCUCAGGAGUUGGUGAACAGUCUUCAGGUGUUUGAGGUCACCGCAGCGGCCAUGGAUCCUGCGCUUCACCCCUUGCUAUUACAGCACCUGCCUCAGCUCUUCAUGUGUCUCCAGCACCCUUAUACAGCGGUGAGACACAUGGCGUCUCGUUGCGUGGGGGUUAUGAGCCGAAUCGCUACCAUGGAAACCAUGAACCUCUUCUUGGAGAAAGUCCUGCCGUGGAUCGGCGCGAUCGACGACAACACAAAGCAGGAGGGAGCCAUUGAAGCUCUAGCCUGUGUUAUGGAGCACUUGGAUGUCGGCAUAGUCCCAUACAUCGUGCUGUUGGUGGUGCCGGUUUUGGGCAGGAUGAGCGACCAGACGGACAGCGUGCGCUUUAUGGCUACUCAGUGCUUCGCUACAUUGAUCAGGCUGAUGCCGCUGGAGGCUGGGAUCCCGGAUCCGCCCGAUAUGUCAGAACAGUUAAUAAAACUAAAAGCGAAGGAACGUAGCUUCUUGGAACAGCUCUUGGAUGGGAAGAAAUUGGAAAAUUAUAAAAUUCCUGUUCCAAUAAAAGCAGAGUUGAGGAAAUAUCAGCAGGAUGGUGUAAAUUGGCUGGCCUUCCUGAACAAGUAUAAGUUACAUGGCAUCCUCUGUGAUGAUAUGGGCCUGGGCAAAACCCUGCAGUCUAUAUGUAUUCUCGCUGGAGACCACUGCCUCAGAUCUCAAGAGUAUACAAAAACCAAAUCCGCAGACUGCGUGCCUCUUCCAUCUCUAGUGGUUUGUCCGCCAACCCUGACUGGCCAUUGGGUGGACGAAGUUGGAAAGUUCUGCUCCAAAGAGUAUCUGAAUCCUCUACAUUACACCGGCCCUCCCACAGAACGGGCACGGUUACAACUGCAAGUCAAAAGGCACAAUCUAAUCGUCGCAUCAUAUGAUGUUGUGAGGAAUGACAUAGACUUCUUCAGGAAUAUAAAGUUUAAUUACUGUAUUCUUGAUGAAGGUCAUGUGAUCAAAAACGGAAAAACCAAAUUAUCUAAAGCUGUAAAGCAGCUCACUGCCAAUUACAGAAUCAUUCUCUCGGGAACCCCAAUUCAGAAUAACGUUCUGGAGCUCUGGUCCCUGUUUGAUUUCCUCAUGCCGGGGUUUCUGGGCACAGAGCGACAGUUUGCUGCCAGAUACGGGAAGCCUAUUCUAGCGAGCCGGGACGCUCGGAGCUCUUCACGUGAACAAGAAGCAGGUGUUCUUGCCAUGGAAGCCCUCCAUCGCCAAGUUCUGCCGUUCCUGUUGCGCAGAAUGAAAGAAGAUGUAUUGCAGGACCUUCCACCCAAAAUAAUACAGGAUUAUUACUGUUCCCUCAGUCCUCUGCAGGUGCAGCUUUAUGAAGACUUUGCGAAGUCGCGGGCAAAAACUGAUGUGGAUGAAACGGUGUCCACAACUUCCAUGGCAGAGGACGGCGAGAAACCGAAGCUGAAAGCCACCGGCCAUGUCUUCCAGGCUUUGCAGUACUUGCGCAAACUAUGCAAUCAUCCUGCUCUGGUUCUGACUACUCAGCACCCGGAGUAUAAGAAGGUAUCGGAGCAGCUGUCCGUUCAGAAUUCCUCCCUGCGGGAUAUUCAACAUGCGCCCAAAUUGUCGGCACUGAAACAGCUGAUGCUGGAUUGUGGGUUAGGGAAUGGUGGGGUCACAGACGGUGGCCCUGAAGCGGUGGUGGCCCAGCACAGAAUCCUGAUCUUCUGCCAGCUGAAAAGCAUGCUGGACAUAGUGGAGCACGAUCUCCUGAAACCCCACUUACCCUCCGUCACGUAUCUACGUCUGGAUGGGAGCGUUCCUCCCGGCCAAAGACAUUCCAUAGUCUCCAGGUUUAAUAAUGACCCAUCGAUAGAUGUCCUCUUACUCACCACCCACGUGGGAGGGUUGGGUCUCAAUCUAACUGGGGCAGACACGGUGGUCUUCGUGGAGCACGACUGGAAUCCAAUGAGAGACCUGCAGGCGAUGGAUCGUGCUCACCGCAUCGGGCAGAAACGUGUGGUUAACGUGUAUCGGCUGAUCACAAGAGGGACGCUGGAAGAGAAAAUCAUGGGCCUGCAGAAGUUUAAGAUGAGCAUCGCGAACACGGUCAUCAGCCAGGAGAACGCCAGCCUGCAGAGCAUGGGCACCGACCAGCUGCUCGACCUCUUCACGCUGGAUAACGAUGGAAAAGAUGACAAAACGUACGUGUCUGAAACGGGUGGAAAAACCUCUAUGAAAUCGAUUCUGGACAACCUCGGGGAGCUCUGGAACCAGGAGCAGUACGACUCUGAAUACAGCCUGGACAAUUUUAUGCAAGGUCUCAAGUAAUGAGUACGGCCGCUGCGUCGGUUCCACGAGCCUUCGGCGGACUACGUUCGAGGCGAAUCGGGAGGAAAUGUGUCAAUAUUCUACAGUCUUAACUAGCAGUUUGUCAUCGAGGAGGAUUGAACGUUUCUUCCGUAUGGUGUUAUUCUACAGGUGGGGGCCGUUUAAAGAGCCGGAUUUCACGCAUUGUCGGCUGCAGCUCCUAACGCCUGAUAUAGACGGCAAUACGUCUAAAUUUUUUUCCCCUUCAAUUAGUUCUUUCUAAUCGCAGAACUGCUUAUGUAAAGUUUUUUUUUUUUUGGUUUUUCUCCUCUUCUUUGACACGUGAGACUUGCAGUUGUGGGUCUGAUACUCUACCCAGUGCUGUACAAGGUGUCAUUCAGUAAAAUGCAUUUGUGGGGCCUACACGCUGGACUUGGGGGGGGGGCAGAAUGAAUUUCUGUAGUUCGUUGACUUUUUGCCAUUGAUUAAAAGCCACAUUUUAAUUGUCCAGUUCUUUGCUGGCAAAAGUAUUGUGACUUAAAGAGCUGGUAAUGCUUUGACUUUGAUUUUAUGUAAAAUAGCGCCCUCGGAUAUUCGGAUCGCUCCAUGAAUAUUCUGCCUUUUUAUUGCUGCAAGAAAAGCUGCGUUUUAUGGAAUGUGGCACAGAAACAAAAAUAAA